GACGGACGGCCAUUGUUGUGCGGUGCGAUUUUAUCGAUAAAAUUGUGGUUAAAUUUGUGUGAAAUCACUCUAAAAAUAAGUGCAAAACAAGUCUAGAGUCAUAAGUGACUAAUAUUCGGUGUUUAUAAGUGAUCUUAAAACUAAAGCUGUCUCAAUGAUGAGCCGAGGAGGUGGUCGUGGAUACCCGCGUGGGGGUUCAAGGGGUGGAAGUUCGUAUCGUGGUGGCGGCAGUUACCGCGGUUCAGACCAUAGCAGCUACAACGGAAGAGACCAGUCCCGCAAUAGAUACAGCGGAGGAACUUCAUACACUGAUUCUCGCUCAUCUCGGUAUGAUAACAAUCGAUACUCGCGGCAAGAUAGCCGCCAAGAUGGCGCCGGUUACAAACGCAAUGACUCGUAUAAGCAAGAUUCCCGAGAUCGCCGCUCGCCGGAUCGUAAGCGCCCACGAACGGAUCACACCGCGCAGGGUGGUCGUCGUGAAUAUGGUACAGGUGGAACAGGUGGCAGCGGAGACUAUCACCACCGGCGUGAUAGCAGCGGUGGCCGCGGAGGUUCAUCCAGCCGGUACCAUCAUGAUAGCGGCAGCUCAUCCUACGAUAAACGUGGCAAUGAUCAUCAUUCAUCUACGGGAGGAGGCAGCGGCGGAGCUGGCGGCCGUGAUCGGUUUGAUAAUCGCAGCAGCAGUCGCGGUCGCGGCGUCGGAAGUACAGACAGGUCACGCGAGCCGAUGGGACCACCCCGUUCGAUGGGGCCCCGUCACAGCAACGCUGGCGGGCGAACAUUGCCACCAAUGCGGACAACGUUGGGAGGAUCGCGUCCGCUGCACAUGAUGUCGAUCAGAAGAGGUACGACACGUGGUAGAAUUAACAGUCAUUUCAGGAACGACGGUCGGCGAGGAAUAGUGACCACCCGGUUCCCUCAGCGGCGGGAUAUUAGGGGAAUUCCUCCUUUGAGGCGUCGCUUCACGACUAUUCGCAGCAGGGAUGGAGGUCGCAUCGGAAUUGGCAAGAAGAUGGACACCGUUUCCAGAAAGGCACUGAUCAAGCGAGCUCUUGAAGCUGCCAAAGAGCUGGACGAUGACCAUACCACUGAAAAUGAAGGUGACGAUGACGAGGAAGCCGACGAAGAUAAGGAUACUACUGGAGCCGAUGGUACGGAUAGUAAGGUCGAUCCGAACGAGGAAGGCGGCGAUGAUGAUGAUGGUGAUAAAACGGAAAAGGAGGAAGAAGACGAUGAUGACGCGGAAGACAAAGAAACCGAAAAGGGUGACGAAGACAAGGAAGGCGAUAAAGCCGAUGACUCAAAGGAAGAUGGAGACGGCGACGAAGAUGGCAAAAAAGAAUCGUCUACCAGCCCCAAGAAAGCCGUUAAGAAAUCAGCAUCCAAAACCGGUAGUGAAGCGAAAUCCGAGGACAAGGAUGGGGAAAAAAAGAAGAAAGAUACUAAGAUUACAACCAAGUACCGUUCAUCAACGUACAUCAAGCUUAACUGUUGCCAUUGCGGAACUAAGUGCGUUACGUUUAAGGAAUAUCAUACUCAUUUGUUCCGCGGCUUGCAUCGUGCAGCGAUGCGCCGGUUGGCCGGCAAGACGCGGGAUAAACUUAUGGAGAUGCGCCAGGCUCAGCGUGUGGCUCAGAAGGAAGCCGACGAAAAAGUAGAAGAAGGAAGCGAGCAAAAGUCCUCCUACUGUGUACUCUGUCAGUUGAAUUUCCGCCAACCAAAGGCCGUUCACCAAAAGUCUGACGGUCACAAAGAAAUGAAACGUUUCCUGAUGCCAUAUUGUGCAACCUGUAAGAUCGGUUUCAAAAGCCCAAUGGCGUACGAGGCACAUCGCGCCUCGCUUGAACAUCUGAAGUUCAAGGCUCGUGUCGAGCGAUACGCCAACAAAGAGGAAUCAGGAGAGGAUGGCGGAGCAGAAAUUCGCCUGGAAAACUUCAUGACCGUAGAUGAAGUUGGAAAUGUUGAUGAACCAACUGAUAUCAGCAAGGAUACAUCGACGCCGAAAAAGAGUGGUGGCGCAGAUAGUGGCUCAACCGGUCGCCCUGGAACCGAUGAAGACGACGAAGAAAGUGAUGAUGUCGAUGAAGAAACCAUCAUCGGGUCCGAACACGUUAAGAAAGUUGAAGUGCAAUAUUGCGAUCUAUGCAAUAUGUAUUUGCCCCGUAGGGAGGAUCCAGAAAAGGCUCUUCGUUUGCACUGCAAGUCCCGACCGCACUUGAAGGUGUACAUUAGAAACCGUGAGGAUAAAAAGUUGCGUGAGCGUGCUGAACGCAUUCACAAGAAGAAGUUAUCAGACGCUAAGGCGAAGAAAGACGCCAAGAAGGGAGAAAAGGAUGCAAACACAUCUGAGGCCGACGCCAGUGAAAAGACCGAUGAAAAAUCUGAGAAGAAAACCGCUGGAGAUAAAGAUACUACCACCGACGAGCAAAUGUGGGAAGUUGUUGAAAACGAUCUCGGUGAUUUGUUGCGUGAAGUCACUGGUCCGGCAGAGGACGCCGAAGAAGAGGAGGACGACGAAAAGACCAGCUCCGAGCGGUAUGAUAAGUUCAGGCACACCGAGAAAAACGGUUUGGAAAGUAAUAUUCACGAUUCCACAGUAGAUGAAGAGGAUGUGUCUAGCACCGAGAAGGCUGGCAGUGGCAAGAAGCCUGCCAAUGGUGACGCUAGCGCCACAGAUAAGGGAGUCUCGGCUGAAGCAUAAAAAGAAGAAAAUUUUGCAACAUCGUUUUUUAGAUCGUAGACACACGUAAACUGUAUUUUGAUCAUUAAGCCGGAGGUAGUGAAAUACCUUCACACCUAAUUUUAAUUGUCUAACAUACCCUCAAACUUCUGUCUAGACUUCAAUACCUAACCAACUCAACAUAAAGUAAAAAUAUAAUAGUAUCUAGUGAAACUUCGCAGUUGGAAUAAAUAUAUGAAAUAA